AUGUCGCUCUCGGACCUUUCCACUGAAAUCGACGAGAUGAUCAUACAAUACCUCCCGCAUCACGCCCUUCACAACCUAACGCUUACGAACAAGUACUAUCGCAAGAUAGCGGAGCCAUAUCUUUACAGGUACAUCCAAGUGCGCAGUCCGAACAUCCUCUCCGUACCACGUCUUCUAUUGACUCUAAUCAGCCGCAGAGAGCUCUCACAGCACAUCCGGAGCUUCGCCUUCGACAUUGCUAACGAGCGAUGGGAAGCAGACCUUCAUUAUCUUAGUUAUUACGACCCAAACAGUACCAUCGAGAAGGUCAGCAAAGACCUCUCCAAAAAGUCAUCGGAGGUACAACAUGCUCUCAAGGAACUCGCGUACCCAUUGAAAGAGCCUCUGUUCGACGUGACGUGGUACUACAAUGUGUCCAGAGAGAUUUGGACUAUAGAUGCUUCGCUGGCCCUCAUACUCUGUCUCGCAACCAACCUCGAACACCUUCGGCUGAUGAAUAUGAGUUCUGCAAUCAUCGAAGCCGUCUGUCCCGCACGUUGGCAAAGACUCACCAAAAGCGCGUCCUUGGGAGUCUGGCCUUUGAAGAAGUUGAAGAGCCUAGAUGUAGUCCUUGGAAAGGGAGCUUCUAUACCAAUAUUGGCACCUAUCGAGACCCUGAAGGUCAACAGCAUCAGUGAUUCUUACAUACCUGACUCCCCUCAUGACUUUCAAUGGUCAUAUAGAGGAUCUAAAAGGAUUGCAUUCUUGCAUAACCUGGAGAUACGGCACAUCAGUUUCCAUCCGGAUCAGCUUCAUCGCAUGUUGGCAUUACCGGAAAUGCAUGGUAUACAGCACCUGAAGCUAGGAAAUAUCCGAUUACGGGAAGAAAUGGGCAACGUGUACGACCGCAGCCGAUUGAUCGAACGAUUGCAGCAGUUUCUUCCAGCACUUAAGAGUUUCGAAUGGACCGGAGAGGAAAUCCAACAAUGGUAUCCAAGACACCGCCCAUUUGGUAGCUUCACAGGUUUCGAACACUUGGAAGAGCUCGUUCUCGGCUUCGAAUCCAUACGACCAGCCAGUGGCAACAUCUCCAGUCUACCCGCGCAUCUUCUUCAUCCCACAAAAUUCUUCCCGGGGAGUUUAAAGACCCUCAAAAUCACAGGAAUGCCGCGUUGGUUGCUACAUGACCUAGAGGAGGCUUCCACAGUGUCUCCUUCGCGCAAUUUUAUCCUUACAACUGCCACGUCUCUUGGUCUUUCGACCUUGAACCUGUUUCUUGACAUGGACAUGAAGGUGUGGGCCCCCCGGAAUUACAAGUACAGUAUGAAGAAGUUCCUUGUUGAAUUGGUGACUGCAUUGAACGAUGUUGGUACGUCAAUGCAAGUCUAUCGGCAAGAAGGUUACGAAUCGAUACUGCUGUGUGGUCCUGGCCUUGUAGCAGAGCACAUCAACUGGGAUUAUUACUUGCGUAACACUGGAAACUUUGGAGGAUCGCAAAGCGGUUCUUGUCGGCGCGAUCUCAGGUACCGAUGA